GUUGUUUACUGCCUUUUUUAGGUGAAUUAGGUACAUAUCUUUGCCGAUAGUGCUGUUGCGCUAAACGAGAAGAAUACAAAUGGGAAUGCUAGCUACUUGUGUAAAUUUCAUGGACGCUCGGAGCGUUGGAAGGUAGAUAUUUUCCAUUGACAGAUAGGCAUGAGUGCUUCAUCGAAAAAUGUUGUCGUUGUGGUUUGACAACUUUGUUGUAUAUUAUGACAAUUUAUCCAUGUACUACGUUGUAAGUGUAAUUAUGUCAUUCAUGGCACUUUUUCUGGCGUGGUGGUACAGUUACUACAAUAAUGGAACAGAACUAACUUCUGACCAAGCUCUGAUGAGCGAAAAUAUCCAAUGUGAAGGCGCCAUAUCUAAGAGCGGACUGCUAAAGAAAAUAAAAUUGGCUCGUCAGGAGGCAAUUGAACAAGAAUUGGCAGCAGGACUCACAGACCAGCAGCUCCAGCAAGAGAAAGAAACAGAACAGGCUCAGUUGGCUGCAAUUUUUAAAUUACUGCAGGAGCAAGAGGAAAAAUUUCAAGUAUCUUCAAUGGAGGAAUUGCAGGAGCAGCUGAAACUUUAUCGCCGAUAAAAGGAGCUAACUAAUUCUGCUGCUGAAGAAUGUAUAAUUUAUAAUUCACAGGUCCAUUUGUUGUAUGUAACAUGAAGACAGUUACUUUCUUAAAAUGGAACACAGUUGGUGCUAAAAAAAUGUUAAAAUGCGCUGAUAUGCAUAAACUAUUUUUAUAUGUCCUUUACAAGUGUGAACAAAUGAUUUGCAUAAUAUUUAUAAAAGAUGUAAUAAAAGUUAUUUGUUGUA